AUGCCAGGCAUUCCUUUCUGGAAACACCCAGACCAUAGAAUCCCCACUUUGGGGCUCUACCGUCAAAUCCUCAAGGCCGUAUCUGCAUUACCUCCACGAUACACCUCUCAGCCAGGUCCUCGACGUUCACCCAUAGCUGCAAAAGGUCAAGGACCUCCUGGAUCUGAGAAACCCUUACGUUCCGAAAAAUUUGAAAAAAGUUAUAUUUUUAGUUUAAUCAGAGAUCACUUUCGAAGUAACCGUCAUUGUACAAGCCCUCGGAUCACGAUUGGAUAUCUGAAAGAAGCAGAAGAAGUCUUGGAGAAAAUACAAAGAGCAAAGCAAGGAGAUAAGGAUGUUAGACAGGAACUUGAGGAUUUGGUUAAUGGGCGGACCGGACGGCUUAAAGAUGUCAUUGAUCAUCUAAGAGAGCUGAUAACAUUCGAACCCGGAAAAACAACACAAGUAUCUCGUUACUUUCGUCUGAAACGUGCUCAUGAUCAAGUCUGGGAUACGAGGCCACAGCCAUCCAUCACUCGGGACCCCCAUCGGUUCUAUAGGAUACCACUCCAUCCUUCACUAUUCACGUUUCCUGAAGAAUUAGAUUAUUAUCCACCAUUUAAAUACCCUAAUCAGCUCAAGAAUCAACGUGGAAAAUUCAAAAAUUCUGGAGGUGUAUUUUUGACAGAGGUCACGACCUCGGAGGGAUCAAAAUUCCCAAGAAUCCGAGGUGGAACUCAACCGACAUGGAUUAGUAUGAUGUUGAAAGCUCGAGUCGAACGGUCCAAUACCAGAGUUGAUGAAUGGAAAGAAUUGGAAGAAUGGAGUCGGAUGAUGCAAGUAGAAGAGCAAUUUAUGAGGAAACUAGGAGUGGAUGAUGUAGGAUAUGUUGAGUAUCUCAAUACAAGGCUUCAAGAACUCAAAAAACUUCAUCAACUACGUAGAUACGACACCAACGUCAGAAAUGAAUCUGACAAAUCUUUAGAUGACACAUAG